UCUCAUAACUUUUUAUUGUAGGUGAAGAGCGAUUAUAUGUUAGAGAUAGCUGAUCAUGUGGACCAGGACAUUGCCUUGAAAUUGGGUUGUCUGGAAAUACGGCGAUCAUACUGGGAGAUGCGGGGCAACGCACUGGAAAAGAAGUCCAACUAUGAAGUAUUAGAAAAAGAUGUUGGUUUGAAGCGGUUUUUUCCUCGGAGUUUACUGGAUUCUGUCAAGGCCAAAACACUAAGAAAAUUGAUCCAACAAACGUUUAGACAGUUUGCCAACCUUAAUAGAGAAGAAAGUAUUCUGAAAUUCUUUGAGAUCCUCUCUCCAGUAUACAGAUUUGAUAAAGAAUGCUUCAAAUGUGCCCUUGGUUCAAGCUGGAUCAUCUCUGUGGAGCUGGCAAUCGGCCCAGAAGAAGGGAUCAGUUACCUCACAGACAAGGGCUGCAAUCCCACACAUCUGGCCGACUUCAAUCAAGUGCAGACCAUUCAAUAUUCAAACAGUGAAGACAAAGACAGAAAAGGGAUGCUACAGCUAAAAAUAGCGGGGGCACCCGAGCCUCUGACGGUGACAGCGCCGUCCCUGACCAUUGCCGAGAACAUGGCUGACUUGAUAGAUGGAUACUGCCGGCUGGUGAAUGGAGCCACACAGUCUUUCAUCAUCCGACCCCAGAAAGAAGGAGAACGGGCUUUGCCAUCAAUACCAAAGCUCACCAACAGCGAAAAGCAAGGCGUGAGGACGCACGCAGUCUCCAUGUCAGGAGUCAGUCACUGCCAACAUAAAGCCAAGAGAGCUAGGCGCUUUCUCCCUUUGGUCCUCUGUUCCCGUGAAGCUCCUUCGGAUGAAAUUAGUGGGGACGAGACAGACGAUUAUGCUGAGAUUAUAGAUGAAGAAGAUACUUACACCAUGCCCUCAAAAAGCUAUGGGAUAGAUGAAGCCAGGGAUUAUGAGAUUCAAAGAGAAAGAAUAGAGCUUGGACGAUGUAUUGGAGAAGGCCAAUUUGGGGAUGUACAUCAAGGCGUUUAUAUGAGCCCAGAGAAUCCAGCUUUGGCAGUUGCAAUUAAAACAUGUAAAAACUGUACUUCAGACAGCGUGAGAGAGAAAUUCCUUCAAGAAGCCUUAACGAUGCGUCAGUUUGACCACCCUCAUAUCGUGAAGCUGAUUGGAGUCAUCACAGAGAACCCUGUCUGGAUAAUCAUGGAGCUGUGCACACUUGGAGAGCUGAGGUCAUUUCUGCAAGUGAGGAAAUACAGUUUGGAUCUAGCAUCUCUGAUCCUAUAUGCCUAUCAGCUUAGUACAGCUCUUGCUUAUCUAGAGAGCAAAAGAUUCGUGCACAGGGACAUUGCUGCUCGGAAUGUUCUGGUGUCCUCAAAUGAUUGUGUGAAAUUAGGAGACUUUGGAUUAUCCCGAUAUAUGGAAGACAGUACUUACUACAAAGCUUCCAAAGGAAAAUUGCCUAUUAAAUGGAUGGCUCCGGAGUCCAUCAAUUUUCGACGUUUUACCUCAGCUAGUGACGUGUGGAUGUUUGGUGUAUGUAUGUGGGAGAUACUGAUGCAUGGUGUGAAGCCUUUUCAAGGAGUGAAGAACAAUGAUGUGAUCGGUCGAAUUGAGAAUGGGGAAAGAUUACCAAUGCCUCCAAAUUGCCCUCCUACCCUCUACAGCCUUAUGACGAAAUGCUGGGCCUAUGACCCCAGCAGGCGGCCCCGGUUCACUGAGCUCAAAGCUCAGCUCAGCACAAUCCUGGAGGAAGAGAAGGCUCAGCAAGAAGAGCGGAUGAGGAUGGAGUCCAGAAGACAGGCCACAGUGUCCUGGGACUCCGGAGGGUCAGACGAAGCACCACCCAAGCCCAGCAGACCUGGUUAUCCUAGUCCAAGGUCCAGCGAAGGAUUUUAUCCCAGCCCCCAGCACAUGGUACAAACCAAUCAUUACCAGGUCUCUGGCUACCCUGGCUCACAUGGGAUCGCAGCCCUGGCUGGCAGCAUCUACCCAGGUCAGGCAUCUCUUUCGGACCAAACAGAUUCGUGGAAUCACAGGCCACAGGAGAUGUCGGUGUGGCAAUCCAGUGUGGAGGACUCUGCAGCUCUGGACCUUCGUGGAAUGGGGCAAGUGUUGCCACCCCACCUGAUGGAAGAGCGGCUGAUCCGACAGCAGCAGGAGAUGGAAGAAGAUCAGCGCUGGCUGGAGAAAGAGGAGAGAUUUCUGAAACCUGAUGUGCGGCUCUCCCGAGGGAGUGUGGACAGGGAGGAUGGAUGUCUUCAGGGCCCGACUGGAAACCAACACAUUUAUCAGCCUGUCGGCAAACCAGAUCCUGCAGCCCCACCAAAGAAGCCCCCGCGCCCCGGGGCCCCCAGCCACCUGAGUGGCCUCGCCAGUCUCAGCAGCCCCAGCGACAGUUACAAUGAGGGCGUCAAGCCAUGGAGGCUUCAGCCCCAGGAAAUCAGCCCCCCUCCCACUGCCAACCUGGACCGCUCCAAUGACAGGGUGUACGAGAACGUGACCGGCCUGGUAAAAGCUGUCAUCGAAAUGUCCAGCAAGAUCCAGCCAGCCCCGCCGGAGGAGUACGUCCCCAUGGUGAAGGAAGUCGGCUUGGCCCUGAGGACGUUACUAGCCACUGUGGACGAAACCAUUCCCGCCCUGCCAGCCAGCACUCACCGAGAGAUUGAGAUGGCCCAGAAGCUGUUGAACUCCGACCUGGGUGAGCUCAUCAACAAGAUGAAACUGGCCCAGCAGUAUGUCAUGACCAGCCUGCAGCAGGAGUACAAGAAGCAGAUGCUGACCGCCGCUCACGCCCUGGCCGUGGACGCCAAGAACUUACUGGACGUCAUCGACCAGGCAAGACUGAAAGUGCUCGGGCAGCCGCGGCCGCACUGAGCAUGCCUGCGGAGCCCUUCCCCACCCCCUGCUGAGGAGGUCCUGUGGCACCCCAGCCGCAAGGAGCCCGCCGUCCUCGGUCGCCAGCACUUACGGCACCAGCUCUUUUGACUGACAGCUGGUGGAGACUCAUCUUUCUCACAUAAGUUUAACCACAUUUUGAUUUGAGUCUGAUUUUUGCUUUGCCUUGCUUUUUGAAUCAUGGUCUUCAGAAAAGUUCAGGAUCCAAAACGUGGCAUUUUUCCAAGAAUGGAAAUUGUACAUGAGGAGGCUUGUAAGAGUCAUGAAGAACAGAUUAUGUUCACAUUAGGGUAUGUUUUUGUGGAAAUGGCCAAGGCAGCGAUCCCACUGGUCCUGAACCAGCCCGGCUGCAGUGGGGAGAACGGGUGAGGCGGAGUCCUGGGGAGUCCGUGGGGCUCAGGGUCCCUUUUCUGCCGCAGAAUCGUUAUCCAGACUGGAAUUUUUGUCGUUGAAACACUCCUCAGUUGCAACAUGCUGAUACCACUUUACAGAGAAAGAAUAUAAAAGCUGCAUUUUGAAGACAUGAGUCAUUUCAGAAGAACAGCAACCUGUCUUCCCCGCCUCCACUUCCAUGUGGAUCUGUGGAGCAUUUUGGUUGGAAACUAGCUGUAGAACAACACUAGAAACCUUUCGUCUUUUUCACCAGAAUAAUGUGCCAGUUUUUUGUAACGAUGUUAUUUCUCUUGGAAGCUGAAAUGCUUUGUACAAGAGCACCUCCAGACUGCACUGAGGAGACAUUCUGGAACCAUCCCCAUUUUCCAUUUUUAUAUAAUUUAUAAAGAAAGAUUAAAGCCAUGGUGACUGUUUUACAGCCACUGGAGUUAACUAACCCUUCAUUGUGUCUGUCUUCCCAGGAGAGAAUUAAACAAAGCAGAGAGAUUUGGUUUUCUUCUGAUGUCCGGUUAUACCAUCCAUUCUGUUAAAUAAUUUUGAAAAAUAUACCCUCCCUUUAGUUUGUCGGGGGAUAUAAAUUAUUCUCAGGAAGAAUAUAAUGAACUGUACAGUUACUUUGGCCUAUUAAAAAGGUGUUACCAGUAAAA